AUGGCACCGAAUACACAAUACAACAUUCAGAACGUCAUAUCAUCCAGCGUCGAAGAAUUUUACUUGAGCGAGGAGAUGGCGGAUAUCCACUUUAUUUUCGAAUCAGCCGAUGGUCAAUGUGAACACAUACCGGCCCACAAACUAUUGCUGGUCACCGCAAGUGACGUCUUUCGCACAAUGUUCAAUAGGACGUGGCAAGAAAAAGACGAGGUUAAGAUUGUUGAUGCCUCAGUCGAGGCCUUCAAAGAAUUUCUGCAAUUCUUUUAUUUGCCGCGGGUAAAAAUCACAACGGACCACAUUACAGAAGUCAUAUACCUCGGAAACAAAUACAAUUUGACCAAUUGCUUAAGGGUAUGUGAACAAUUCAUCAUGAACUCAGUGGACGAAGACAACGUCUGUUGGGCAUAUGAGCAUGGGAUUUUCUUUGAUCAAGCGGCUCUGAUUAAAUUUUGUGAAAUAUUCAUCGGAAUCAAUACGAAAGCGGUGUUGGAAUCAGAAGACUUUUUGGAAUGCAACUCGAGUGUAAUAAGUCACAUUUUAAAGUUGGAUAUGUUGUCCUGUUCAGAGGGAGAAAUCUUCAAAGCGUGCAUGAACUGGAUCAAAGCAACUGCAAGGGUUGAUCAACUAACACAAGCUGUCGUACAAAUCCAAUGUGGCGAAUUGUUUGGCGAUAUUCACUUCAAAUCGAUGACAUCACAAGAACUCGCAAUGCUAAUUCCGUCACAUGCUGGUCUAUUCUCAAGCGAAGAAUUCAAAAUUAUUUGGCAGUUGGCGGCACUGCCUAAAUUUCAGUCAAUUAAAUUCAGCGAAAAGUGUAGAACACCGUUGAAACCUGUUUCAUGGAUUAAAAAGCCCAUGAUUGAUUGUGAACGUUUGAUACUAAGACAAAAUUUCUUAGAUCAGCCGUAUUUUAUUCAAAAUGUUGAAACAACAACAUUCUCAAUCAAUCAGCCACUCUUUUUGACUGAAUUGCGAUGUGCUGAUAUAGCUAGACAUGAUGACAACACGUACUAUAUAGCAUAUGAUCUGCCAACUGAAGUGACUAUCACCGAAAUACCGGAUUCGAAUCAAUCUGGCGACGAAAUAGUUCUGUAUAAUGCGAAAACCAUUCUACUUGGUGAUAUCGGGCGAACAUUCAUAAAUUUAGUGAAGCCAAUUCUUGUGAAACCGGGAUUUACGUAUCAAAUUCGUCUACAACAAUUGCCAAUAGGAGGAGAGCAUUGCACUGGAGAGUUUCUGAAAUCGGAAGUUGAAAUGAAGCCAAACAUCAUUGUAAAAUUCCACGGAUGUAGCCCAAUUAUUGCAUCACGAAGAGCGCCAAACAAAAAAUUUACAAGAGGACUCAUUAGCGGCUUCAAAUUCCUGGACAUUUAUAAAUAA